GUCGCGGCUACUAACUUUGCGCAUGCGCCCCGGCGCUUGAGUCACCCGCUCGGACUUCCGGUUUGAGAGCUGGACAAGGCCAGAGAGCCUGGCUUGAGGCCGACCGGGGUGGAUGACGCCGGCCCGUGGGCAGAGAUGCGAGUGGGUUGAGGGACCCGAAAGAGAGACACUUCCAGCGGUGGGCCGGAGGGUGCUCUCAGGCCACUUAGCUGGGUCGGAGAUCUCUGGAGGGCAGUACACCACGGCUCCGAGAGUGACCUGGCCGGAGGGAGCGAAGACAAAGAGGCCGAACCCCGCACCCGCGGCUCCCUGAGCUGAGUUCCGCGCCCGCGAACUCCGCAGCACUCGGACCUCCUGGCCUGCACCCGAGCUCGUCCUCAGGAGACCCAUUACUACUGCCCCCUCGGAUUCUCUCUCUCUACCAACUCAGUGCGACUCUCCCCAAGCCCAACCGGUUCUCGCUUCAGGAGCCAAAACCAACUUCUUCCAGUCGCGGUUUCCCGUCACUAGUUUCCGAAUAUUUGUUGAGCAGUUACUUGUGCUGUGAGGAAAAACAAAGACCCAGUUUUCAGUAUUUGAGUUUUGCCUGGGGUGGGAAUUGGUAGUUGUAGAGUCCUAGGGGGCAGGGAAUACGUAGAGGCCUGGGGAAGGACUAUGGAGGUGUACUGGGGAAGAUCAGCUGCAACCCGUGGACAGAGGUUUUUUGUUGCCUUGAGCAGGAUGGCGACUUGCCAUUAGAUCCUGAGCUCCAGGUCUCCCAUGUGGUUCGAACCCACUUUGCAACAUUGGUCAGAACUAAAUGGGAUUAGAUUUGGGGGAGGGGGAAGAGGAGCAGACUACUUUCUUUUCUCUGCUGUAUCUCCAGGCCGCCUUGGGAAAUCGCCCCAAAAUGCAGCUUUUGGAACUUUUCUCUCCAUGCUCAGUUUUGGCUUUCUAUUCUGAAGUUGGUGCUACCUCAGCUGGCCACAUGGAGCAUAUAUUUGGGAAGUCAGGCCAGCAAUGGCAAGACUUUAGACGUAUGAAUAUAUUCCCUCUGAUAGUGCCAUCUCUCUCUACCCUAGGAGGAAACUCUUACAGAGACACUCAUCUGCAGGUGAUUCUCCAAGGCCAUGGGAAGACAGGUGUAAGUUCUGGAACAUAGACCCUUAAGUGGAGGAAAGCUGCUUUCUGCUGUGAAUGAUGGCCAAACCUACUCUGAGAGGGAAUGGCACUAACUCUGAGACCUUCCGACAACGCUUCAGGAAAUUUCAUUACCAGGAGGUAGCUGGUCCCCGGGAGGCUUUCAGCCAACUCUGGGAACUUUGCUGUCGGUGGCUGAGACCAGAGGUGCACACCAAGGAGCAGAUUGUCGAGUUGUUGGUGCUAGAGCAGUUCCUGGCCAUCUUACCUGGGGAGAUCCAGAAGUGGGUGCAGGAGCAAUGUCCAGAAAAUGGAGAGGAGGCUGUGGCACUGGUGGAAGAUUUAGAAAGACAGCCUGGAAGACCUGGACGUUCGGUCACAGUCUCUGUGAAGGGGCAGGAAGUGCGCUUGGAGAAGAUGACACCCAUGAAAUCAUCACAAGAGUUAUUAAGUGUUCAGCAGGAGUCAGUGGAACCCCAGUCCAGGGGUGUACCCAAGAAAGAGAGGGCAAGAAGCCCAGACCUGGGACCACAGGAGCAGAUGAAUCCAAAGGAGAAGCUCAGACCUUUUCAAAGGAGCGGAUUUCCAUUUCCUAAAUCCGGUGUGGUCUCCAAGUUGGAGCAAGGAGAGCCUUGGAUCCCAGAUCUGGGCUCCAAGGAAAAGGAACUCCCAAGAGGCAAUCUCACAGGAGACAGACAAAUGCAUGCUGACCUGUUAGCAUCCAGGAGAGAGAAAAGACGCUGGGUAGAACAGGAUCACUGGGGCUUUGAGGAUGAGAAGGUGGCAGGUGUGCAUUGGGGCUAUGAAGAGACCAGAACUCUCCUUGCAAUUCUUAGUCAGACUGAAUUUUAUGAGGCCCUCCGAAACUGUCAUCGAAACAGCCAAGUAUAUGGGGCUGUGGCUGAGCGGCUCCGGGAGUAUGGCUUCCUCCGGACCCUGGAACAGUGUCGGACCAAGUUCAAAGGUCUUCAGAAGAGCUAUCGUAAAGUCAAGAAUGGCCACCCACCUGAGACCUGCCCCUUCUUUGAAGAGAUGGAAGCCCUGAUGAGUGCUCAGGUAAUUGCCCUGCCCAGUAAUGGCCUGGAAGAGGCAGCCUCUCACUCUGGCUUGGCAAACAGUGAUGCUGAGACUGAGGAGCCAGGGCCAGGGAGUUGGCAGCAUGAGGAUGGAGUAGAAGAGGCCAUGGCUGAAGAGUCUGACAGUGAUGAAAUGGGCCAGAAGGCCAACCUCCAGGACACCAACAACUCAACCGCCCCAGUCCUUUUCCGAAGUCAAAGUGGUGUACACUGGGGCUAUGAAGAGACAAAGACUUACCUUGCAAUUCUUAGUGAGACUCAGUUUUAUGAAGCCCUCCAGAACUGUCACCGCAAUAGCCAGUUGUACGGAGCCGUAGCUGAGCGGUUAUGGGAAUAUGGCUUCCUUAGGACACCAGAGCAAUGUCGGACCAAAUUUAAAAGCCUACAGACAAGCUAUCGGAAAGUCAAGAAUGGCCAAGCACCAGAGACCUGCCCCUUUUUUGAGGAGAUGGAUGCUUUGGUGAGUGCCCGGGUUGCUGCCCCACUCAGUGAUGGCCAGGAAGAAGACACAGCCUCUUUCCCCAUCCAGGAUACCAGUGAAGCAGAAGAGGCCACGGAAGAUUCUGAUGAUGAAGAGGAUACUGAGCUACCCCCGGGGGCUGUUGUGACACGUGCUCCAGUUUUAUUCCAGAGUCCUAGUGGUUUUGAGGCUGGAUUUAAGAAUGAAGAGAAUCUAAAACGAGAUAUUUCUGAGGAAGUACAACUACAUAGGACAUUACUUGCAAGGUCUGAAAGGAAAAUUGUCCGGCAUCUUAAUCGGGACAAAGGCAGUGAGAGUGGAUGUAGAUCAGGAAGACAGUGGGAAAGGACCCCAGGGGAGAGGAGAGGAAAACCCACACUCCCAGAGAGAAGUUUAAGUAAAGUUGUAAGUCAUCAGAGACCUUACUUAGGAGAGAGACCCUAUAAAUAUCUUAGAUAUAGCAAAAACUUUGGUCCAAACUCCCACCUCAUGCAUCAGAUAUCCCAUCAAGUGGAAAAUCCAUAUAAAUGUGCUGACUGUGGAAAAAGCUUCAGUCGGAGUGCACGCCUCAUUAGACACCGGAGAAUCCACACUGGAGAGAAACCGUAUAAAUGUCUUGACUGUGGGAAAAGUUUCCGUGACAGUUCAAAUUUCAUCACCCACAGGAGAAUCCACACAGGAGAGAAACCGUAUCAAUGCAGUGAGUGUGGAAAACGUUUCAAUCAGAGCUCAAGCCUUAUAAUUCACCAGAGAACCCACACUGGAGAAAAGCCCUAUCAAUGUGAAGAGUGUGGAAAGAGCUUCAAUAAUAGUUCUCAUUUUAGUGCACAUCGGAGGAUACACACAGGAGAGAGACCCCAUGUGUGUCCUGAUUGUGGAAAGAGUUUCAGUAAGAGUUCUGACUUACGGGCACAUCACAGAACCCACACAGGAGAAAAACCCUAUGGGUGUCAUGAUUGUGGCAAGUGCUUCAGUAAAAGCUCUGCUCUGAAUAAGCACAGAGAAAUCCAUACACGAGAAAAACUUCUGACACAGUCAGUGCCUAAGUAGUAAGCCCCUGAGGAUCUAUAAGAAAAUAAAGAGCCUCAAUAAAUGUAUUGAAAUUGUUUGGAAAAGUCUUUAAAUAGUGAGAUCCAUCUCCUAUUCUGUGCCCAACUAGCUUAGGAAAUACUCUAGAAUUUACCUCACUGUUCCAGUUUCUCCUGGAUCAAAUUCCCAUGGCAGUCAUCUUAAGAAUGAAAGGAAGAUUUCAAUCCCUCUCCACGCCUGCAUCUGAACUGACAGGUAACAUCUUUCCUAUGUUGUUCCCUUAACAGAAAGGUCAUGGUAGUAGAUCCUGUGAGUCUGACAUGUACCCUUCUUUAUUCAUCUUGUUUAUCACUGCAACAGCAUUCAGGGAGAAGAUGUGAGACUUUUCUUAUUGAGUGGGUCUAGCUCUUUAUACAGUAAUAGAAAUACAAAAAAGAAUGACUCUUCGUGCUCACUUAAGCCUGUGCCCAGAAUGAAAUACAGAUGGUCCCCAACUUAUAGGAGUUUGACUUUGUGAUAGUGCAAAUGCAAUAUGCAUUCACUAGAAACCAUCUAGGCUAUGAUAUUUGGUGGCUUUAAAGACAUUUUUUACUUAUCAUAUGUUCAAUUUAUGAUAGGCUUAUCUGGACAUAACCUCAUUGUAAGUAGAUAGACAUCUGUAUUUGUCAUGAACUGUUCAUCUACCUUGAAGAAGGAGAGUUUAAUGUCCAUCUUGGUUCUGACCUAUGAAUCUUAUAAAGAACCUAGGUGUUCUAUAUGGGGAAACAAUGUAACUUUGUAUAAAUAUUGAGGUGUAAACCCUGUAUUUCUUAGUUUCUUCCAAGCCCUAGAAAAUGUGGAAUAGAAGCAUACUGCAUUUACAGUUCUAGUUUGACUUUUUUGUGUUCCAUCUCAUUUGAAUUUCAUCUGUCCCUUGUGGUCCAGAAGCCCGAAGAGCAAGGUAGCUGGAUGUCAUGAUUGGGAAAGCAGUUAAAGCAAUUAUAGACAGGGAACUGUCUAUGUUCCACACACUCCAAACACCUAGCAUACUGUUAGAUACCCUGUGGGUGUUCAGUACUGACCUACAGUGAGCCAAAGCCACUGCCACAUUCCCAUGGAUGAGAAGACAGACCAAUCCAACAACUCUUUACCCUAAUGGCAAGGAGGACAGAUUAUCUUUGGUUAGUUCAGUUGCAUACAUGCACAUGCAUAUAUUCAACCGUACCCAUCUAUUUUUAAAAGCAGGUCUUCACACCUAAGUGUAAUGCUGAUCUUUAUAAUCAAAUAGUUUUACAUUAAUUACCCAUAUGUUCAUAGUAAUAUGAUGAACUCUAUAUAGCACAAAUUAAAUAGUCCUUGUCUUUAUACAAUCUAAAAUGACACUGGCAUGGACAAAUAAUAAGUAUAUGUGUAUACCUGAAACAGUUUUAAAACUAGCUAGUAACACUGCAUAAAUAUUAAGGUCUAUUGCAUUAGAGUUUGGAAAAAUCUGGGAGGUAUUUUCUUCUCUUUGUUCAGGAAGGCUUUGUGAAGCAGGAAGUGUUCAAAGGAGGGAAGAUUAUUGGGUAAAUUAGGGUGAGAUGAACAUUCCAAAAGUGAGUACUGAGUGGAUGAGACAUGGGAAUAUUGGGGAGCAAGGUGUUUUGUGCAGAUGGAGCAGAGGGCAAAGGAGAAACUGUAAGGAAGGUUAGACAAAGCUUAGAGCAGCACAAAAUUUGAGAACAGUGUAAUAUGGGCUGUGCCGGAGGCAGAGAAAGAAACAUGGAGUACCAGAGGCAGAUCAGGAGGUGAUGCUCCCAUCAUCUACAGUAAUUCAGGUGCUCUGCUGUACUUAUUAAUAAGGAAACAGCUGGUUGCUGCUGGAGAAGAAUGAACAGCUAUAGUGGAUUAGCUCCUAUGGAAAACAAGGGUCAGAAACUGCAGUAUUUUGAGAAGAUACUUCUUUAAUGGGCAGGUCAGGAAAGAACUUGAGUAGAUGGCCAGUGCAAGGCCUUGGAUAAGUAGCUGUUUCACAUUUACACUGAAUCACAGUCCUAUGGCUGGGAUGAGGUCUUGGAGAGGAGAGGGGAGAUUGAAUAUUAUGUAAUUCACAGUUUACUGUUUUAGAUGAGGGAUUAAUUAGGGUUCUGGUGUUGAGGGGUCCUGGUACAAAGAUUCUAACAUUUAUUAAGAAUUAAAGGGAGGUUGUAUUUCCAUUAUAUUUCCUAAGCAGAUAGGAAGAUAUAAGAAACACCAGUCUAAAGCAGUGCUUCAGGAUCUGAGAUGGUUUAGAAAGUGUACUAUUGUUUUUUUAAAAUGAGAGGAUUCUACCUUUAGUAUGUCUGUGCAUAGUCUUGUGGGAAAGCAAGUAGUUGGGGUAUCAACAGAUAUGAAUUGUGGUUCCAGAUGUCUUAUGUGUAAGUCAACUUGCCUCCAAUUCCCUUUCUGUAAAGCAGAAUAAUAUUUACACCUUAAUCUGCCUCUCAGGGAUACCAUGUUAAUAAAAAUUAUAUUUAUAAAGUG